CUGACAUYGGGAAAUAACAACAGGUCACGGGCCUCUUAAAUCACAGUACUCUCCACCUUUUGUUGCUGUGCAGAWUUUCAACAGUAUUUAUCGUAACCCAAUGAAAUCAGGAAUAGUUGAAGUGAACUUGUUAACGUCAUCGCGCACYGCAGGAGGUUAGUUUGUGAAAUAAAAAUGACAAACAACAAAUUCAAAACUAUAUGACUGCGAGAAGMAAUGCCAGUAAGACGAAAAUGGGCAUGCGCACUACUUGCAYUGGUGAUUGCUGCUACGAGGGCGUCAGCUUCAAUAGAUUUUACUAGUUUAGGAUGCUGGAAGUUAAAUUCAGGGCAGAGCAGCGAYAAUGCAAUACCCGACUUAACAGACGAUUCACAAGCCAACCAAUUUACCGAAACCACUGUCUCGAGCUGUGCCAAACUCGCAAAGAACCAUGGAUAUUCAUUCUUUGGCGUCCGCGAUCAUAAUCAAUGUGUCAGUGGAGUUCAUGCAGGUUUCACAUACUCAAAGUAUGGUCAAUCAUCCCUGUGUCGUGGGGGGACGGGAGGUCCUGGUGCGGUCGAUGUGUACAGUUUGCAAGGAUCUAGUUUAGUGGAUGGUUUUCCUCACAUUGAUGCAUCAGAAGGAAGGUUYUACCUUCAAAAUAACCAGUAUCUACCCAGACAGUUUAUACAAGAUCACCAAUAUCUWCCCAGUCAAGAUCGUUCGUUUAUACUAAAACCACAGCCUGUUAGAACACAAACUGCUUACACAAGAAACUCUCUGCUCGCUGGCGCAUUAACAAGUCAAUUAUAUCUGAAUGGACAAGUACAGCCUGUCAGUAUUGAACCUAUCUUUCAYCAAAUCGACGAAUUUCAGUACGGCGCUUUCAUACCCAUCCCGAAAGGCACCAAUAUUCUUACAAACCCAGACUUCGAGCAACCACUAAAUACCAGUCCCCUGGUAGGGUGGAGCUGCCAAGGACAGACAGACGAUCCCAGAGGAGGAGCUUUGUCCAAGUACUCACUAGAUCACAARGAAGGACAAUAUAGUGGUAUUUGCUAUGCGAGAUUGGCAGAGUGGGCWGGUCCUGGCCAAUAUAUAGGCAGAAAGGUCAAACCGAAUGGUGUUUACUCUUUUUCUGGUUGGACMAAACUACUGGAUCCUAAACACACCCGUGAUCUUCACACAUUAGAGCUCUGGUUACGGUUCAAAAAACGAGAUGAAACCAAAGAAAAUACAAUGUUGCUGGCACGACGAGAUCUCCUAUCUAUAGACGAUGGAUGGGUUCACUGGAAAACAACUUUUCAAAUACCAGAAUCUCUUAAAGGCUUUCGAUAUGUCUUCAUAUUCUACCGUGGACCGCAUCAGUCAAUCGAUAUUUUAGCAGAUGACAUGAAGCUUAUUGAGAUGUACCAAGACCCUGACUGGAAAAGGAAAACAGACCUACUUAUUGACAAAUACAGGAAAAGAAAAAUCAAAAUAAGAGUCAACGUACCACCAAAUAGCGUGCCRCAAAGCCACAUGGGAUUGAUCGAAAUCAAGGUCGAACAGCUGAAUCAUAAAUUUGGAUUCGGAGCUGUAGCGAACACAGACAACCUCGUGAACAACCAAAACUACAGAGAWUUUUUUCUCAGAAACUUCGACUGGGCGGUUAUGGAGAACGCCAUGAAAUGGCCUCAGAAUGAACCAAGGAAGGGUUUCUUUACAUAUAAAGACGCCGAGAAAACUUUAGCAAUCCUUGAAAAACACAAUAAGACUUUAAGGGGUCAUUGCAUAUACUGGGCGGUGCAGGAGCAGUUACCAAAAUGGAUUCACAGUCUGCCAAAGCCUGACUUGUUUGAGAGCAUGAAAAUGAGGCUGAGGGGUCUAUUAGAAAGGUAUCAUGGAAGGUUCAAGCAUUGGGAUGUCAACAAUGAGAUGCUUCAUGGUCGGUUCUUUGCCGAUCGYCUUGGUAAACCAAUAAGAGAAUGGAUGUUUAAAUCCGCAGCAGAACUSGAUCCUGACGCAGACUUAUUUAUAAAUGACUUUGAUGUUGUAGAAAAUGGACAACUUACCGAGUUGCUAGUAGAGCAAGCCAAAGAAAUGAUCCAAAGAGGAGUGAAUAUCGACGGUGUUGGCGUUCAAGGUCAUUUUACCGGACGAGUCAACCCAUUUCUACUGAGACUCCGCCUGAACGCUUUAUCAGAAAUCGGUCGUCCAAUAUGGCUGACAGAAGUAGACGUCUURGACAAAAACGUCAAUCAAAGGGCUGAUAGUCUAGAGGCAAUAAUGCGCAUGUCAUUUAGCCAUCCUAAUGUCAGCGGUAUUGUACUGUGGUCAUUCUGGGCAAGGAGUUCUUGGAGAGGCCCGGAUGUUGCUUUAGUGGAUGCUGAUUGGAAGCUCAACGCCGCGGGCGAGAGAUACUUCCAAUUGCUGGACAGAUGGACGACAAGUGGAACAGUAAACCCAACAAAAGUAGACGAAAAUGGCGGCGAAGUGUUGUUGGCUGGDUUCCAUGGUGAUUAUCUUGUAACAGUUACUCUUCCUAAUGGUAAUUUUAUAAAGAAAAGAUUUACUUUGAAUCCUGGGAACGAUGUAUUCGAUCUWCAGCUGAAUAUCGUUCCUCAGCCUCCGUUAAAAUUGUCAGACUUCAAUGUCGUAUCACGUGAUAAAGACUUUUCGCAGUUGAUGAGGAAGUUUGAAAACAAACUCGAGAAUCUUCUAGAUAGACCCGACAUGACAGUGGAUUCAGACGAACCAGACCAGAGCUUGCCCGAUGUAAUGCUUAAGCCUCCAUAAACAGACACGGUAUAAAGUCCUCCGUGGGCUUUUAGGGAUCAAGGGAGGAGAGAUAUUUACUUUUUGGGAGACAGUGAGUUUUUAUGAUUUUUGAUGGGAAUCAAGGAAGUAGGAGUUUAUGUUGGGGAUCAAGGGAGAGAAGGAGAUGAUUAAGUACGAGGAAGAGCCGAGAUAACUAAUGUACAUAUGCGUACAACGUAACUGUCACUUAUUUAGUCAGUUGUAAGUUGGAUUUUUUAACUUCUCUGUGAAGUUGCCGUGUCGCAAGCGCAGGUUCCUUGCGGUUUAUAUUAUUUGCUUUCAUGCUGUUAAGAAAAAGCAUCAUCAUCUUGGUUGUUUCUAUGGCGAUAGCAAAGACUUCAUCAUCUAAUUUGGUAUAAUUUUGUAUAAUAUUGUGAAUAUAUGUCAUUUGUAUCAUAAUAAAACGGAAAUCCCUCGGUCUAGAGUCAAGUAAAGGACUUGCAAUAACGACGUAAAAGUGGAGACGCUUUUUAAAAGUACUCCAUCCAGGAAUAAUCAAACUGUACAAUCAUAAUGCGAGUAAUAUACUAAAAUACUGUAUUAUUAAGAAUAGAUUUUAUUAAACUUUAUGUAUAAAAGUA